AUGGCUCCGAAACAGCCGCCGAGACCUCCGGACCAGGAAGAGGUGUCUUGGAAAGUGGUCAUCCUGGUGUACGCGAUCGUCUCCAUCUGCUGUCUCUAUGUCGGUGGCCUUUACUAUGGCACCAAGGCCUUGGCCGUCCGGUCUGAAGAGGAGCUUCUGCAGGCCAGCGUCCUGCAUCCCCUCUUCAACACUGAGGAGAGGCAGAAGGAUCGCCUGGAGGCACUGACAACUGCAACACACGCGACCGCCCAAGCUCUGCAGAGUGUCGGCAUGCCCGCCUUCCUGGAGUCUGCUGGACUGAUCGGCUGGCUGCGACACAAUCGGUCACAGCUGCCUUGGGACUCCGAUGGUGACCUUGGAAUCCUCGAAGCCGACUGCAUCCAAGCUGGUGCCAGCAAGGAGUCGCUGCGCAAAGCAGUGGGAGAAGACUUCGCGGUGCUCAAGUUUGCGUGCACGUGCGAAGAGGACUGCGCGGGUGACAACAAGCGUAUGGUCGGCCGUGUGGCUCACCGGAAAACUGGUGUUUGCAUCGACAUUUUCGCAUAUGCCCCGGUCAAAAAGAGCCGAGCAUGGCAGAAGGAGCAAAGGUACUCAGACAUUGAGUGGUGGGAGCGGGUCAACGACCAUGCUGACUUCACGUUUCCCAAAGACUCCUUGCUCCCCCUGCAGCAAGACACCUUCGCGGGCGCACCGAUGACGAUCCCUGCAAAGCCACGGGAGUUUCUCAGCUGGGAGUACGGACAAUGCCUGGGCGCGCACGUGUGGCCCUGGAGGAUUCUUCUGUACUCGCCUUCCAGCGACACGCUGGCAUUCAUCCUAGCCGCGAAGGGGGCAGUCUUCAUGCUCGGAGGUGCAGGAAUGGAUGCUUUGCCGGCAACGAUGGUGAUCUUUUGCUCUGCUGCAGCGGUGACUUUCCUGAGGGGCGGCCUCACGUUGCUGGCAGUGCUUGGGAUCUGCGCUUGCGAGUUUCUUGUGGUGAGCAUAAGGCCUGCGCUCUGCAGCUUUCGCAAGCUCCACUCUGCCUUGAUCGUUCUUGCAGUCGCCGUGCAGACCCCAGAAACCCAGCAGAUUAAAUAG